UAGCUGUUUGUAGUAAAAGAUAUCAUAUAUGAUAUCGAUAUGAUUUUUAUGGGAGAUGUUUGCAAAAGUAUUAGUUUUCCAUAAAAUAUUCAAUAUUUAAGGUAUAAUCAUACGAAUGAUACUAUUAAUAGUUUAUUGACACUACAAAUGAUUGAAAGUCCAAUAUUUCUAUAAUAUUUGUGUGCAAACUAUUAAAUUAUUUAAUAUCAUAACCACCCGUUCAAUCAAAUGUUUGUCUAAUCAGUACAGAGCACCGGGACAUUAGUGAAUACAUACAAACAAAAUAAUUGACAUUAAAGAGAAAGAAAGUGAAGUUUAAUAAUAAUAUUUUAAUUAUUUGAUUGAAAUGACUGAUUGUCAGACAUUUAAAUUGGUAUUCAUUGGUGACAGUGGUGUCGGCAAAACAAGUCUUGUAGAGCGCACUGUCCGUAACUGUUUCAAUGAAAACACCGACUAUACGAUUGGCGCCGCCUUUCAUAAGUACAUACUUAAGACUGACGACAAUAUUAGCGUAACAUUCAAUAUAUGGGACACCGCAGGACAGGAACGGUAUCGAUCAUUGGGACCCAUCUAUUACAGGGGCGCCAAUGCGGCUAUACUUGUCUAUGAUAUUACCAGUAAUGACAGCUUCGACAACAUUGCCUUUUGGUUUCGUAACUUGAAAUCAGUUUUACCCUCAGAUAUUGUCACCGCUUUAGUUGGCAAUAAAUCAGAUUUAGAGCACAGAAGAGAUGUUGACUAUAAAGAGGCCAAAAGGUUUGCCAACAAAUACGGACUGAUUUUUAUGGAAACGUCGGCCAAAACUGCACUAAAUAUUGACAUUUUGCUCAAAACAUUAGCAAAAGAGUUAAUUAAACGCAAGAAUAAUAACGUUUGUGUCAAUGAUAAAGACAUUCAACUGUUAACAAGUAAACAAAAUAAGUUAAAUAUUAGGAAAAAGUGUUGUUAA